AUGAGUGGCUCUGUGCGCACCAGUUCGUCCACUGAUACGGCCCGAUCAUCUGUGUUCAGCGAAAGCGUCACGUAUGAGGUGAAGAACAAAGCUUCGAACUCGUGUUGGGCUUGUCCUAGAGGCAGACCCCAGGUAUGCCACGUAGUACCACGAGAUGAUCUUCAGACGCAACUUUGGAUUGAACGAGGUCUUAUCGAUUUCCGUAUAUCUUCUCAUUUGAAUGGCAUAGCACUCUGUGGCUCGUGCCAUACGGAAUUUGAUGAUGCGUAUGACCCCUGGUUUUCUUUCAUGCCGGCCGACCUUGAUUUUUUCAUCAAUUUUGAGUUGCGUGAUCGAGAACGACGACGUCAAGUCGCCCUUUCUGGACAAGCUCCUAGACGUCGAGUACCUAACGCGAAUUCCUAUAAACAACAUCAAGUCGACAGUGGUAUAAUUGACUCAGACUCAAUUGGAGGGUUAUACACGCCAUACUAUUUGGCUCCAGUAUCGCACCGUGUAUCCACAUUCUCCACGCCGCGGCCAUGGCAUGGCGCUCCUCUGGCAUCAUUGCGCCGUGCAUUCCUUCUACUCGGGUCUGGAAGAGCGCAGUCCAUCGACAAGGAUCAGCUUCAGAAGCUGUGGCGAUUAAAGGAAUUGUAUUUCAGUGACGAUGAGAUCGCAGUAGCAGAGAAUUCCCCGGUGGAGACACCCUCCACCCCGAAGCGACCAGCAGAAGAGGCUUCAGACAUGGGUGGCUCGCCAGCCAAGCGUUCAUGCGUGGAAAUCAAUCGGCCAGGUAGCGGUGAAGCUAUGGAUGUGGACAAUGUCUUCGCAUCGAUUACAGAAGAUAAUCUGAAAGCACAUAACAUGUUCAACUCCUCUUUCACCGCCAACGAUCUCAUGAGACGAUUCACAUCAACUCUACGCGAGAGUCCGCCUGUCUGA